AGCGGUACAAUUUUGCAAGAUGAAUUUUGGAAACCAGCGAUAGAAAAUACGAUCAUUGAAGUUUAUUUAUGUUCAAGCAUGUAUUCUUCCAACAAUGCAGUUGUACACAGUAAAGCAUCAGUGAUGAUACCAGGACAGAAUCAGUUACUGUUUAAUCUCGAUGCACAUCCUCAACCUUACCAAUCUGCAGUCCAAUUUCAUCAUCCUAGAGCAAUAGUAUUGGACAAAGGGGGACCAAUGGCACCAGACUUUCAGCAUAUUAACCAGCGUCAUCUCAAUGAAAGUUCCCAAUCAGUAACUGGAGGGAUGAAUUUCUCAUCAUUGUCUGAAGAUCGUUUAUCAUUAGCUGUCAAACUAGCUCAGAGAGAUUUAAGGAAAAAGAAGGAAAGAAGUCUACAGCGGAGUCGAUCUCCUUCUCCAAAGGGAAAAACCAGAAUAAUUCCUGGGAAAAGAUACUGGGACAAACAGCAGGCAGCUACAAAUAAAUCACGACAGAUGAAGAUAAAAGAACAUGAUAAAAACCGUCAUCCAAAAGAUGCUAGAACACAAACACCUCCCAGAAUGCAACAGAGUAAAGCAUUUCCUGCAACAACUAAUUCUCCUCCUACUAGAGAUACAGACUUUAAGUUGUAUCCAGUCAAACGAUCAGCACCAUUAGAUCAGCCUGCUAAGGAGAUAGAGAGAUUACAAAGAGAGAUGGAGGGCUAUUUACAACAAAUACAGGUCAUUGAACAGCGAGUUCUUAGAGAUCAAAAUGUAGAAUUUCUCCAGCCUUCAAAAAGUCGGAAAAAAGAUGGAUACUUGCCACAGGAAGAAGAUGAAGUUAGGAAGAAAUUACGAUCAGAAGAAACAGCUACUCGUGCUGCCAGACAAAUGUAUGUGCUUCGUCAACAAGUUCGACAGAUACAGCAGGAAUUAACAAAGACCGGCACAGAUAAAACUAAACACACGAAAAAGAGCCAAGCCAUGGCAAGACUGGCAGCAGCACAUCGUUAUGCAGUGAGAACUAUCCAGGCAUUUGUUACAAACCUACCAAACACAGAUUUACACAGUGGUCUGCCUUCUUCAUACCAUGAGUUAGCUCUUUUGAUCCGCCAGAUGUCACUACUCAGUACACAGCUAAGUACUGAUGGGAAAUCAACAGUACAAGAAGACCUAGUCAAAAUGUUGGACAGAGUAGAUGAGCUGAAUAAAGCAUGGUGUGUAGAGGUUACCAAGCCACCUGUUAUUGAGACAACACAAGAAGAGGUUACCAGUAGAAGAAGGAAGUCUCCUGCAUCCCGGCAAAUACCUCAGCCUUCCUUCAGACCAGCUCCACAUAGAGGGAAGGAAAAUAAACCUGUCAGAGGUGUUUUAAAGAAGCCAGCUAUUAAAAGAAGUAAUGUACAAAAACAGCAAGUUGCCUGGAAUACUGGAACUCCAGAGAGGAAGGCAAUGUUGAGGGCAGGUAUAGAGGCCUUGAUGGAUUCCAGUGAUGUUCAACAGGGCAAAGCAGGAAUGGCAUGGAAUGUAUCACUACAGGAGGAACCCGUUAGGAAACCAGCAUCUAAAACAAGCCUGAUAUUACCAGGAAAAUUACAGAAUCAGCGCAUUAAAGCUCAGAGAGCUGUUAAACAAGUUCAACAGCAUCAGCAACAGCAGAAGUCAUUGGCAUGGCAACCACAGAGACCAGCACUGUCACAACAGACGUCAAAGCCUCAUUAUGAAUCAGACAUAGAUGUACAUUACAGAGACCCAACACUGUCAUCAAGCUUGAAGGCUUUGGCCACCAGAGACAGAUCUUUGUCACCAUACAGAUGUGAUAGGUCAUUCUCAGCUCCCCCGUCUCCAAGCUCUGAGAGAGGUCACAGCCCAUGGAUACCAAGUGGUAAACCUAAAGGUCACCAGAGAAGGUCAAGGUCACAGAGUCCUUACAAUUCAUACAGAUACUUAGAUCUUGAUGGCAGUGAUAUAGUCAAGUCACUUUUCCAAGGUGGUCAUGAAAGUAGACCAAGAACAAGAGGAGGGUCACCAGAAAGAAACCUCAGUUUAUCAGAGAGAAUGGUGAGAGAUGCUGAGAAGAAAAUACAAGCUAGAUUGAAGCCACUUUUACAAAAGGCAGAGAUAAUUGCUUUUCAACAGGAAGAGAAAAGCAAAACAAAGAGGAGACAAAUGGCCGAUAAAGCUCUAGCAAGUUUUGAGGACAGUGGUGACGACUUGACUAACAUGAUACUGGGUGAGGUACUGGACGAUACAGCCAAAGAAUAUCAAAGGUUAGAGAGAGACGAACAUGUCCGUAAAGAGGCCGUCACCAUGCAGGAUAAUCCAACAUUAGAAAAUAUAUAUCAGAGAUUGGAACAAAUGGAGCUGGAAUCACACAAUAUCAGAAGAAGAUGGGCUUCAGUACACUUUGAAGAUGUUAAACCUACGACUAAAGUUAUCAAUAAUCCAAUAGCACCUUUUUCAAUGGAAAUAUCUAAAUCAAAGGGACCUGUUAUACAAGAGAAGCCAUUAGAAUGCAACAAAGAUAAUUCAGAUGUGCCUAUUAUAUUCACAAGAACAAAGGGACUGACAUUAGUCAAAAAUAGAGUCUUAGAAUUAGAUGAUCUAAUAGGGGCGGAGUCAGAAAGACAAGCUCCUCCCACUUUUAUAUCUCUUUCUGAUGAGGUGAUGCGAGGCAUCUACAGCAGCCAGGAAGCAUUUGACAGACAUUUAAAGAAGACUUCCCAUCAUCCUUUAGGAAGAUUUGAUCCCUGGGUAUUGGCUGAAGAGGUAUCAAACUUGAUAUUAGAUGAGUGUUUAAAAGACAUUGCCGGUGAAUUGGAGGACACUAACGAUGCCAUUAUGAACCAAGUGUGUAAGGCAGAAUUUAUGGUCGGUAACGUCAGUCAAGACGUGGAAUCUCUCCCAGAAACAAAAACGACCACGUAUGAAACUGACCAGGCGAAAAUUACAACUUAUGAAACAGGACCAAUUUCGUCACCCAAUAGACUAUCUCCUGUACACAGAGAACUUCUGUCACCACAUAGAUUGUCUCCCUUACAUAGGGAAAUGGUUAGUCAACAUCAAGACGAUUCUGUUUCAUUUAAUGUUGACGAACAGUAUAGCGAAGAUGCGUUUGAGGAAGACGAUAGCGAAGAAUAUGAAGAUGUUACUGAUGAUGUUGAUGAAGACGAUGAAGAUGAAGAUGAUGAAAAUUGAAAUUGUGUGAUAAAAUGCAUUUAUUGACAUUGUUAUAUGUAGUUUUCAGAUGGGUUCAUGCACUUGAUUUUCAAAACUUAAAAGAUAUAAGUAUUUUUGAAAACAUUUGUUCCCCUAAUCACAAAUUUACACUUGAAUAGCAGAAGUGAAUACUGCAGUUUUUCAUGGAAGACCUGAUUAUUGCGUACAAAAUUUGUGAAUAUUAAUUAAUAUUGAAAUUCUUUAAUGUUAUCUUGUUAUAAGGGAAAGGUUUUCAUAUAUUGAUUGGCUUAAUCUCUAUAUAAGAAAAAUCCAGCAUCGCAACUUUAAUAGCUCUUUUUUUUUCAGAGUAGAUUAAAGAUAUACAUGCUAUAGGAAUGCAAUGUCUCAGAUAUGGAUAAUGUUUUGUAUUUAAGACAAAACUUUUAGAAAAAUUAAUCAAGGGUUACACAUCCUAUAGUUAUUAUUCUUUAAAGGUGUGUUACAGAUAUUGUAUUAACAGCUAGAUCAUUCAGAAUUGAAACAUAUAAUUUUAUUAAUGAUCAGUGCUUCUAUAACUUAUACUUUGUAAUCUGUGAUAUUUUUUUUAAAUCUAGAAAAUAAACAUGUUGAACAGAA